AUGUCUUUAUUAACUGAAUCACCUACAAAGACAAAGAUACUUGGGUUCAAACGAUCAUUGUCUGAUGUUGUGUGCAAGAACGAUGAUGAUGGACUGGCAUUUGGAGCUGGAGGUGGACUGAUCGUUCAAAUGGAUAGUAGCUUCUCAACACACCAUCAACAACAGCAACAACAGCAGCAGUCAACAACAAAGAAACAUAAAGUGGCCACAACACCUGCAGGAUCAAAACUAAUCGAGUCACUGUCAUUGUCACCUUCAAAGUCGUCACAUUUGCGCAAACGCCUCACCACGCCAACACCGGUCAAGAGUACUGGAUGGACGACCGAGUGGGACUGGAAGCAAUCAUCACUCACUGCAUUCUCAAACUCACCACUCAAGUUCUUCGAGACCAAGGUGGCCGGCUACACCACCCCCAGCAAGACCAACAAGGCAGCGGCCGCCAAGAAGAAGCCACUGUUUGAUGGCGGCAUCGACCUGGAACAGACAUUCAUCGCGGUUGGCAAGAAGCUCGUCGAGCAGACUAUAUGUCCCAAAUGUCGCAUGUUGUACAGUGUUGGUAGCAAGGAGGAUGAGCAGACACAUAAGAAGCACUGCACAGAGAGUGGACAAUCACCCAAGAUCAUCAUCAAGAACUGGCGAUCGAUUGGCAAGAUAUUGAACUCAUUUCCCAAUGAUGAGGGCAUCAUAUCCAUCGUGCCUGGUGAAGAGGACAAUGCUGUGUUGAAGUCCAAGCUCGAGUCAAUCAUCAAGAUGGUCAACUACGAGCUUGGCUACGUCGAGCCGUCCAAGAAUGAAGUGGAGCCAGACAACGAAGAGAAGUUCUUCAUGUAUAUGAACGCAGAGGGUAGGGUUGUUGGAUUUGUCGCAGCAGAGAGACAGAGUGUGGCGCAUAGGAUCAAAGAGAAUGAUGAUAAGGACGACACGACCAUUCAAUGUGAGGAUCAGUUUGUGCAAGUCAAAUGUGGAGUGAAUCGCGUAUGGACACUAAACAGUGUGCAACGACAAGGUAUCGCCACCAAACUACUUGACAGUGUUCGUCGCAACAUGUUCUAUCGUUGUCAACUUGACAAGAACCAACUUGCCGUCACCACUCCCUCUCUCUCUGGUCGCGUCUUCUUCUCUCACUACUUCCAAACCCAACACUAUCCACUGUACAGAACACAACAAAUUCAUCAUAAUACCGAUGGAUAG